UCAUAUUUAGCACUAAUUAAAAUCCAAUUUGUUUCCCUACUCUUUUAUCCCCACAUCUCUUUUAUAGAAACCAAUUAACUAUUCCUUCUUUUUUCUUUUGUUCCUUUUGCAUGCAUGGUUCCAAAACUCUUCUUUGUUUCCAUGUUAUAACACACAAAAUCAACAACUUAGAAUACAUAAAAGAAGAGUGCAUAUACAAGUGAGAGGAGAUCAUGAAUAGUAGUGGUUCAACAAAAGAGGUGGUAAUGGGGGAGGAGAUAGAGUGUGGUAAUAGUAGUAGCAGUGGUGGUGCACCAAGGAGUGGAGUUGUGGUAGGAGGGUUGAGUCCAUUGAGUGAGACACUAUGGAGGGAAAGGUCUAGCAUGGGGCUCGUCGGCGACGGCGACGUCUCCGCGAGGCUAACAUGGAAGGACUUGACGGUGAUCGUCACGCUGAGGAGCGGCGACGCGCAGCGAGUGCUCGACGGGCUCACCGGGUACGCCGAGCCCGGGACUCUCACCGCGCUCAUGGGCCCGUCCGGGUCGGGGAAGUCGACGCUCCUCGACGCGCUCUCCGGUCGCCUCGCGACCAACGCCUUCUUGUCGGGGACCGUCCUGAUCAACGGGAGGAGGACCAAGCUUUCCUUCGGGACCGCGGCGUACGUGACGCAAGACGAUAACUUGAUCGGGACUCUGACGGUGAGGGAGACGAUAUCGUACUCCGCGCAGCUCCGGCUGCCCGACAAGAUGGCGCGGGAGGAGAAGCGCGCGCUCGUGGAAGGCACGAUCAGCGAAAUGGGGCUGCAGGACUGCGCGGAUACGGUGAUCGGGAACUGGCACCUGCGGGGCAUCAGCGGUGGCGAGAAGAGAAGAGUUAGCAUUGCUUUAGAGAUCCUCAUGAGGCCUAGAUUGCUCUUCUUGGAUGAGCCGACAAGCGGUCUCGAUAGUGCUUCAGCAUUCUUUGUGAUACAAACUCUGCGGAGUCUGGCGCGAGACGGUCGGACGGUGAUCGCGUCGAUUCAUCAACCGAGUAGUGAAGUUUUCGAGCUCUUCGAUUAUCUUUACCUCCUUUCGGGCGGCAAAACUGUCUAUUUCGGGAAAGCAUCCGAAGCACAUGAGUUCUUCGCGCAAGCCGGCUUGCCCUGCCCGCCUCGGAGGAACCCGUCGGACCAUUUUCUCAAGUGCGUCAAUACUGAUUUCGACAAGGUGAAGAGCACUCUGAAAGGCUCAAUAAAAAUGAGAUUUGCAAGAGCCGACGAUCCACUGGAAAAGAUGACAUCUGCAGAAGCAAUUCAAAGGCUAGUCGCGUAUUACAGCCGCUCUAAAUACGGCCACACAGCUCGCCAAAAAGUCGAGGAGAUCUCGAGAGUCAAGGGAAAUGUAUUGGAUUCAGGAGGGAGUCAGGCCAGUUUCUGCAUGCAGGCCUUCACUCUGACGCGCCGCUCGUUCGUGAACAUGUCGAGGGACUUCGGUUACUAUUGGCUGAGGCUCGUGAUCUAUAUCAUUGUUACGAUUUGUAUCGGAACCAUCUACUUCAAAGUAGGGACCGGAUUCAGCGCGAUUCUGUCCAGAGGAUCCUGCACUUCCUUCGUCCUCGGCUUCGUGACCUUCAUGUCGAUCGGAGGCUUCCCGUCAUUCGUAGAAGAUAUGAAGGUUUUCCAGAGAGAGCGGCUCAACGGGCACUACGGAGUCCUCGCGUUCGUCAUCGGGAACACGUUCUCCGCGAUGCCGUUCCUGCUCCUCAUAUCCGUUUUGUCGGGCACGGUUUGCUACUUCAUGGUGCGCCUCCACCCCGGAUUCGUGCAUUACUUGUUCUUCGUUCUGUGCCUCUAUUCGAGCAUUACGGUUGUCGAGAGCCUAAUGAUGGCGAUCGCGAGCGUAAUCCCGAAUUUCCUCAUGGGGAUCAUAAUUGGAGCAGGCAUUCAGGGAAUUUUCAUGUUGGUCUCUGGUUUCUUUAGGCGCCCAAAUGAUAUUCCAAAGCCUAUUUGGAGAUACCCAGUUUCAUACAUGAGCUUCCACUAUUGGGCCCAAGAGGGCCAGUACCAAAAUGACUUAAAAGGACUAAUUUUCGACAACCAAACCCCGGACCAACCGAAGAUCUCCGGAGAAUACGUACUCCAAAAGUUCUACCAAAUCGACACCGGUCGGUCGAAGUGGAUCGACCUCUCGGUUCUGUUUUGCAUGAUCAUCGCCUACCGACUUUUAUUCUUCGUCAUGAUACGAAUAAACGAGGAUGUGACUCCGUUCGUACGAGGGUACAUCGCGAAGAGGAGGCUGCAGCGGAAAAUCAGCAGAAACCAGCUCAGUGUAGCCUCUCCGGAGCUUGUCAAUAGGGUUCCUUCACUCAGAGUUGUUGUCGCGGAUCCCGCAUCGACGUCUUUCGAAGUAGUGGAUUUAAAUACUUAAUUUUAUGAGGGAUUGUUAUGUAAAAAAGCUUGUGCUUGUGUAACAUGUACUUAUGCCAAAAUUAUAAUGCACUAAAAAAGAGUGUAGUUUAAUAAGUUUUA